CUCCUGACCUCAUGUUGAAAAAAAAAAUCUUUACAUGGUUGAAGGUAACAUGAAUAGAUAGCAGGAAAAAUAAAAAGGUAACAUGAUAUGAAUAAAUGAACAGCGAACAUCAGACACAACUUUUCCUGUUCCAAACAAUGGGAUUUUGCCAUUGUUUUUAGAAUUUUACUGCAAAACAAUGACUUUUGUAACAGAAAAAUAAAAAAGAAAUGCCAUCCUUGUAAAAAGUCAAUUUUCCUUUCUAGCGACCAGGGAUUUCGGUCCUUAUCCUCCACAAUCUUUCUUAAAGUCUUCGCUACUUUGAGUCCACUUAAUUAGAAGAGAACCCUUUCAAGAAAAGUUACCCCUUUCUCGUCUGUUAACUUCCGGCAUGUCAAACGCCUGCUUACGACGGCGAAUCUUGCUCUCUUUAUAUCUCCUGUUCUGUUUUUGCUUACCUUGUUUCGUAAAAUCUGAUGAACUUCAGAUAUUGCUGAGCCUGAAAUCAGCUCUUGAUAAAUCAAGCAGUACCAAUGUUUUUGAUUCAUGGAAGGCUGCCAAUUCUGUUUGCGGCUUCAACGGAAUCACUUGCAACGCAGAGGGGUCGGUUAAGGAAAUCGAGCUUUCAAGUCAGAAGCUGACGGGUGUUCUUCCUUUGGAUUCAAUUUGCCAGCUUCAAUCCUUGGAUAAGCUUUCCUUGGGGUACAAUUUAUUGUAUGGUGCAAUCACUGAAGAUUUGAGUAAUUGUGUAAAGCUUCAAUAUUUGGAUCUUCGGAGCAAUCUUUUUACGGGUUCAUUUCCUGAUAUAUCUGCACUCAACGAAUUACAAUUCCUUUAUUUAAAUGGCAGCGGAUUUUCUGGUCCUUUUCCAUGGAAAUCACUUGAAAACAUGACCAAUCUUGCUGUUUUGAGCCUCGGGGACAACCUUUUCGACCGAACUGCGUUUCCUAAUCAGAUUUUGAAGCUAAAGAAACUGAAUUGGCUUUAUUUGGCGAAUUGCAGCAUUGAAGGGAAGAUUCCUCCAGCAAUUGGCGAUCUCACUGAGCUUAGAGAUUUAGAGCUCCAACACAAUUAUUUAUCUGGAGAAAUUCCGGUGGAGAUUGGAAAGCUUCACAAUCUCUGGCAGCUUGAGCUUUACUUCAAUGAAUUAACAGGAAAACUUCCAGUUGGAUUGAGAAAUCUGUCAAAACUAGAGUAUUUCGAUGCCUCAACCAACCAUCUUGAAGGAGAUAUCUCAGAAGUGAGGUAUUUGACCAACCUGGUAAGUCUGCAACUCUUUGGGAACAAGUUUACAGGAGAAGUACCACCCGAGUUGGGUCAAUUCAAAAAACUGGCGAAUCUGUCUCUCUACAACAACAUGUUGACCGGUCCUCUGCCUCAAAAGCUAGGUUCUUGGGCUGAUUUCGACUACAUCGAUGUAUCAGAAAACUUUUUAACUGGUCCAAUUCCUCCAGACAUGUGCAAGAAAGGAACCAUGAGAGGGCUUCUUAUGCUUCAGAACAGGCUCACCGGUGCAAUUCCGAUGACUUACGCAAGUUGUACCACUUUAAAGCGGUUUAGAGUCAGUAACAACUCGCUUUCAGGCAUAGUUCCUGCUGGAUUAUGGGGAUUACCGAAAGUGGAUAUUAUUGACAUUUCUUUCAAUCAAUUUGAAGGUCCAAUUACAUCUGAUAUCAAGAAUGCAAAAGAGAUUGGAAUAAUGUCCGCAGAGAAUCGGUUAUCAGGUGAGUUGCCAGAAGAGAUUUCAGAAGCUACAUCUUUGGUUAGAAUUGAGCUAAAUAACAAUCAGAUUUCUGGGAAAAUCCCUCAGGGAAUUGGGGAACUCAAAAGAUUGAACAGUCUUAAAUUGAACAACAACAGAUUAUCUGGUUCCAUAUCAGAGUCAUUAGGUUCUUGUACUUCCAUCAGUAACAUAAACAUGGCUAACAAUUCUCUUUCUGGCGAAAUUCCUUCAUCUUUGGGAUCUUUGCCGACAUUGAACUCUCUAAAUUUGUCUCGAAAUGAACUUUCUGGUAAAAUUCCAGAGAGCUUGUCGUCCCUCAAGCUGAACCUUUUUGAUCUAUCCUAUAAUCAGUUAACUGGUCCUAUACCACAGUCUCUCUCCAUUGAAGCAUAUAAUGGUAGCUUGACCGGAAACCCUGGCCUUUGCAGUUCAACUAUCAGAUCUUUCAAGCAAUGUCCAACAGAUUCUGGCAUGUCUAAAGAUGUACGUACGCUUAUAAUUUGUUUCGCUCUAGGUGCAACGAUCUUGCUUGCUUCGCUUGGAUAUUUCUUAUAUUUAAGGAGAACAGAAAAAGACCACGACCGUUCUUUGAAGAAAGAAUCUUGGGAUUUUAAGUCUUUCCAUGUGCUAUCUUUCACUGAAGAUGAGAUUCUUGAUUCCGUCAAGCAAGAGAAUCUGAUUGGAAAAGGAGGGUCCGGAAAUGUAUAUAAAGUAAUGCUUUCUAAUGGUGUAGAACUUGCUGUGAAACAUAUAUGGAAUACAGAUUCUCAUGGCCGCAGAAAAAGCCGGAGUAGUACUCCAAUCCUAAGCAAUCGUGAUGGUAAGGCAAAGGAAUUUGACGCGGAGGUGCAGACAUUGAGCUCAAUAAGACAUGUCAACGUGGUGAAGCUUUACUGCAGCAUUACUAGUGAAGACUCAAGCUUGUUGGUGUACGAGUACUUGCCUAACGGGAGCUUGUGGGAUCUGUUGCAUUCGAGUAAGAAAAUGGAGCUUGAUUGGGAUACUAGGUAUGAGAUUGCCGUUGGGGCAGCUAAAGGACUAGAAUACCUUCAUCAUGGAUGCGAGAGGCCGGUGAUCCACCGGGAUGUCAAAUCUAGUAACAUAUUGCUGGAUGAGUUUUUGAAGCCUAGGAUUGCUGAUUUUGGACUCGCCAAGAUUGUUCAGGCCAAUGGUGUUAAAGACUCCACCCAUGUCAUUGCAGGCACCCACGGCUACAUAGCUCCUGAAUAUGGUUACACCUACAAAGUUAACGAGAAAAGCGAUGUAUACAGCUUUGGAGUGGUAUUAAUGGAGCUAGUGAGUGGAAAGAGACCAAUUGAACCAGAGUAUGGAGACAAUAAUGACAUAGUGACUUGGGUCUGCAGCAAAAUAAAGAAGAAACAGAGUGUUUUAGGUAUAGUGGACCCAAGAAUUCCAGAUGCUUUCAAAGAAGAUGCUGUCAAGGUGUUGAGAAUUGCCAUUUCGUGCACGACCACGCUGCCGGCCCUUAGACCCACCAUGAGAACCGUGGUUCAAAUGCUGGAAGAGGCUGAACCAUGCAAAUUGGUCGGCAUUGUUAUCAGUAAGGACGGUGACCAGAAGAAAAAGGAAGCAGCAGGAAUGGAUUCUGCAUAGAAAUUCAAUCUACAGUUAUAAACCUUGUAAUAUUGUAACAUUGUAGUAGCAUUUUUGUAACAUAUUAGGUAUUUUGAUCAGCUUGUGAUCAGUUGUAAAGUUAUUAGCCAGAGCCUGUAAGCUGUUAUGCUUUGUGAUCUUUGACCUUCACAAUGGCGGCUAAUCCGCAAAGGAAAAUUUAUAGGUGCCUACCUCGUUUAGAAAUAAAAAUAUGAGGCAGGAAAUGCCAGUUUCUUCAACUUAAUCUUGCCCGGGAAAUGAGAUAAUAACAUACCAUUGGUCUGAUCAACCCUGGAAAUGGAAAUUGAUCCUUGUUCUGCUCUGAAACAAUUUGAUUCAUCAGAUCUUGAAGCUGAGCAAGAUUUGUUAAAUUUCGUCAAGAUCAAUUUUUGCUCUAGCUAUCCAUAGAUGGGAGAUUUAAUCCAAUUAUUAGAAGCCAGUGACAAUGCCAUGAACACAAUCUAAAGAACGCUAAUUCAUAAGGAGUUCAAAUAUCUGAAAAUUGUUGUGAAGUCAACAGAAAGCAAUGUCGGAUGGCAAGAACUUUUGGCUGACCGAUCAAGCAAGAGCAAACGUAAUUAUUCUUGAAGCCUUAGCUUGAUUUAUCAAAGGCCCAACCAUACUUGUUUGUUCAAAGUUAUUUAAAUAGGUUCUGGC